CAAAUAUCUUUCUCUGUGUUAAUCAGAACAAAGAAAUGUAUACAGAUUUGGAACAACGUUUUUCCUCUUUUUCUUUUUUCUCGUACAACUGCUUCGAUACAAUGCAAUUCGUUAGAAAGCGCUAUAAAAAAUAAUAAAGCACGGAAGCACGGAAGAGCACGGAAGUUUUGACGCUCUGUUCAAGUUUAAUACAAGAGCUUUGAAAAGAAAGAGCAGCAAGUUGUAAAACAAAGCUAGCACUUGUGACGUUUAUAAUCUGAGAUCCGUCUGUCUGUCACACGUGUUCAUGUUGGCUGAGCUGUCUGGCACAUAUACACUUGGCGGGUGAUUGACGACCGGGGGUGCUGCUGUAAAAACGAUUGUGGGUGAAAAUUGAAACUUCCAGCGGAAAUAGGUGUAUUUUUGAUUUACGUGAACAGUGCGUGGACUGAAUAUACACAACCAGAAUCUGGAGACAUCAAAUCAAGAAGCUUUGCAAGAAUUAAACAUGAGCAAGGAAAAUGUCAGAGACAUUAAAGCUGAAGAGGUGGCACAAGGUUGCAGCACUGAUCAGUAUGCAGAAGGGGAAAUACGUGUGAUUCAGUUCCGUACAGGAUUCAAGAGGUUUAAGGUAGCAUGCAACACUUCCCAGAGACUACUUGAUGCACUCAAUGCAAACGAUGCAUUUAGGAGUUAUUCAGAGAGACACGUGAGCAAAGAAAUAAUAAUCCGGAGAGCAACGGGAAAAGUCCCUGGAGCUGCUGUGAAGUCAGAUUUUCCUUGCUGUCUUCUUGAAAGUGAUGAGAUUCUAGAUAUCAAUUUUAUCUGCAAAGAAGGAAACAUUGCUACAAGCCAAGAAACUGUAAAGUCUUCAUCUCUCCAUAAAUAUAAAACCUUUUAUAUCAGAACGAGAGGGAAGAUAAUGAAGAGAAUAAUGAGCAAUAACGAACUGGCGCUGAAUGUUGACUACGUGUGCGUAUAUGCACUCAAAGGAGCGACACUUAAAACGGCUCUUCGACGUGACGGGCGAUUCAGUGACGAAAUAUUCAACAAUACCUGUGAACUAAUGGAUAUUUUCAAAGAUGCAAGCUAUGACCUGUCCUUGCCUGUGGACUGUCUUUGUGAAGAUCAGUUUGAGAUAUAUGUACGAUGGUCAAAGCAAUCAACAUCAGACAUGCAGCAAAGUAGUGCUAACAAUGAAGUAGAGCAAAGUAUUGCUAGUAAUGAAGCUCCAGCUGAUCCUCCCACAACUGAGCUUAGCCAACAGCCCAGAAAUGAGAACCAAACAAAGCAAACGAAGAAAAGAAGAAAAACUGAAAAACCCACAGGUUCUCUAACUAAAGGGCGUGUGACUGAAAUUACCUGGAAAUCUGAAAAAUCUAUAUUUCCUUCUUCCAUUGAAGAAUUGCUACGUGAUCAUUGUAAACAGUUACUAGAGACACUAAAAGACAAGCCUGAGGUCCAACAGCUCUUCAAUGUUGAAUUUGGGAAAAGCAUUAAGAAUUUCAGUGAGGUGAGCCGGGUGAAGGAACUCGCAAAGAUUUCUGACGCUGUAUGUGUGAUUGUAGUUAAUAAGUCUGCCCUUGGAACUGGAUUCCUACUGUUUGACAGAUUUGUUCUUACUAAUGCACAUGUUGUUAAGGAACACCUCUUACAGGAAGAUUCUGUCCAUCGAAAUCUGGCGGUGACCCUUGAGGCUGCCUUCAAUUAUGAACAUCAAUUUUCAAAAGAGUUUGAAUUUCUACAAAUUAAGGAAGACCUUGCUCUAUACCUUCUAGAAACAGAUGACAAGAUGGUAGAUGGCAAACACCUUGACUAUGCUCUUCUUGAACUAAACAUUGAUCCUCCAAGCAAAUAUCCUCAAUUGCUUAGUUUUUACAAAGAUAAUCCUCCAAACAGUGACUUUAUCUACAUUGUGGGACAUCCAAACUGUGAGACCAAAAAAGUUGACGUCUGCUGCAUCAUUGACACUAAGAAUCAACUCCAGGCUAUAAACAAACACAAACAGGAGAAUCCUAUCUGUCCGUAUGUGUCAUGGCAAAUUUGGCCAUGUCUUCGUGAGAACCAGAUCACUUAUGACACUUGCUUCUUUCAUGGAGCUUCUGGUUCUCCGGUGUUUGAUGAACACUACUUUCUGAUCGGUGUCCACACUGGGGGCUUUGCUUACAAAGACAGUAAUAAUAAAACAAGGAGUGUUAUAGAAUAUUGCAUUUCCAUGAAGUCCAUCCGGGAAAGUAUCUUUGAAACGGGACCACCUGAUAUCACUGAAUUACUCCAUAAAUUUGAAGAAGCACAAAUUGAUAAAAAAAAACAGCGGGAACAGAAUGAGGAGCCUAUGCAAACAGAUAAUUAGAUGAAUCACUGUAAUCAGAUUCUUUCAGUAGGUACUUACACACAGACAAAAAUAAAAGUACCAAAUAAUCUUCCACACAUUGAUAACACUGGACCAAGAACUAAAACAAAACGGAACUGUAAAUACAAACAACCCAAACCCACUUAGAGUCCCAGAAGUCAUUGCGGCACAUCCAUCCAAGUUGGUUCUUCCGAGGCAGCCUCACAAGACCGGUCUCCACCAGAACACAAGUCCGUUCUUUUUGUUCUUUGAAUUGAGAAAAGGCUAAAGUCCAUCAGUAAAUCUUGAUUAAAACAUUGAGUUUUGUCACUGUUAUUAUGAAUUUUUAUUUUCAGAUUUCAGUAGAUGUAUUAUGUUACACAGUUAUUGAAUUAAGUUUAUAUUAGGAUGCAAAUGUAUUUGUUAUGUUCAAAUUUACUCAAUAUUUACGCAAACAUUUUUUUAUAUCACCUUUUAUAUAUACUUUCAAUUUCUUCUAUAUCAACAUUGUAGACAGACUUAUAACUUUAUUUCGUUUUUUGUAAACCGUUUAAAUCAUUGUAUUUUGCACUAUAAAUUGCAUAUUUGCUUCUGAAACAUUGUGGAUUGUCUCUGACCUUACUUCAGAUUGCUGUUAGAUUUGUUUCCAGGGAUCUCUUACAAUAAACAAAGCUUUGCCUCAUUACAAUCUGUCUGAA